GAGCACAAAUGAGGAAAAAACCUUCCUCUGAUUUAAAGUCAGUUUGAGAAACUCAGCAGAAGUUUGCUAACGAGAAGAGGGAGGAACAGAAACAAAUAAAAGCUGAACCAUCACGACGCAGGUUUGGGUCUCACCAGACGCCAACAAAACUGUCGUGACCCGGGAGUAUCUCAAGACUGGUGGUCGGCUGCCAUGGCUGCUUCUACAGGCUCUGGCUCCAUAAAGAUGGGUGCAUUACCACUUCUCCUCCUGUCAGGGGCGCUGUUUCUCUAUGGUCGUGUAGAGGCCCAGUCCUCCAUCGACACACUGAAACAAGCUGCACUCAGUUGGGUGGGCCCUCUGCCCUGCAACCCCUGGGACUGCAGCUGCGCCUUCACUAACCAGCGCAGCUGCUGCUGUGCUGCUAAUGACAUGUUCACUUUAGAAGACAACACCUUCCAGAGGAUCAAAACGUUGUGGAGCAGCGUUGAUGCUCUGAACAGCAGAGUAAAGGCUCUCAUAGGUCGCUCAAAGGUUGCUUUUAAGGCCACCAUGAGCACCAGUCUCGGUGUCGCUGUUUCUGGAUCGCCCUAUCCUUGCUUUGGACCUUUCAGCACUAAUGUGCCGAUCCCCUUCUCAGAUGUGAAGCUCAACACUGGAAAUGGAUACAACCCUUCCAUGGGUGUCUUCACCGCCCAGACUCCUGGCGUUUAUGUGUUUUCCUUCACCACCUACUCAGCUGUGAACGAUGCUGACCGCCUCUACUACAAAGUCCAGCUGAUGAAAAAUGGUGUGAUGGGGGUCAGUGUGUGGGAGAACAAUCGAGACGAUGCAGAAGACAGCGCCACUCAGGUGGUGGUUCUGGAGAUGCUACAAGGUGAUCAGGUCUACCUGGAGCUGAUGUCUGGGAGGACACUCUGUAAAAGACUGGACUACAAUAUAUUUACUGGCUAUAUUCUUUACCCCUACAGUGAUUAUUGAUGCAGCAGCUGCUCCAUGACAGCACCUCAGACUAAACCCAUUUAUUCUUAUGAUCAUCUGCAUCCCGUCAGGACGGUUCUGUAGUUUAGGAACAUAGUAGAUUAUGUAUAGAUUAUCUACAGCCAGGUGGACAGAGCGAAAAAAAAGCCACAUUCGUUUGUGAGUAAAAUGAUCACAUGGUUACAGUAAAAUCUGGUGUGGAAAUAAUAAAUAAACAAACAAACAAAUAAA